AUAUAGUAGGUGUCUCCAAAUUUUGACAACAUUUCUUCAGAUGAUAUUGACAAAUUCAGGUGUCUUGGGUUCUGCUGACAAAGAGGCAACUUUCUUUGCUGAAACGUCACUCCAAAUAUCACAUUCAUUCCUAUCAGAUUUUAUUGUUCAAGAUAAAUCACUUCAAACAUCAUGGCUAACUAUUACGCUGGGGAUCCAACGGUAUUAUGGAUUGUCAUACUCGGUUUCAUCAUCUCAUUCGUGCUCGCCAUGGGUCUCGGUGCCAACGACGUCGCCAAUUCCUUCGGUACCUCUGUCGGCGCCAAGGUACUGACGCUCUACCAGGCGUGCGUGGUGGCGGCCAUCUUUGAAACCGCCGGCGCCAUUCUGCUUGGCUACAGGGUGUCGGAUACCAUUCGAAAGGGAAUCUUUGACCCUCUACUCUACAAUGGAAGAGAGGAGCUUCUCCUAGUUGGAAAUCUAUGUGCUUUGGCAGGCUCCUGUAUAUGGCUCUUUACUGCCACCAUUUUCAGUGUUCCCGUUUCGGCGACACACAGCAUUGUUGGCGCUUCUUUGGGCUUCCAUAUGGUAGUCUUCGGAGGAGUUGGGGUCAACUGGAAUGUCGUUGUCGUCAUUGUUAUCUCUUGGUUUCUCUCGCCCGUCUUCUCUGGUAUCAUCUCGUCUUGUAUAUAUGGCCUUCUCUAUUUCACCGUCUUGAAAAGGGACAAUCCUUUGGAUUGGGGUAUUUACACUGUUCCAGUCUGGUACUUUAUUCUCAUCUUUGUCAACUUCUUUUCCAUAUUCUACGGAUCAUCAAUAUUGUUCGGAUUCGAUGAGAUAUGGAUCGUUAUGGUGAUCUCAAUUGGAAGCGGAUUGGUUAUUGCUGGAUUUGGUUACUUCUUUAUCAUACCCUGGAUUAAAAAUAGAGUUACAAAAAUGAAGGAACAGGAGAAACUAGAAUUAGCUGAGGAAGGUCAGUCCCGGAAUGAUCAAGAACAAGAGACUGAAUUAAAAGGUUUGCCAAAUGGAAACUGCGAUGGUGACGCAGCCUCGCUAGAAAAGAAAAAUCCUGACGACCCUGAUGCUAUUUUGGUCCCAGAACAUCCGAUAGCCAGCGGCUUGUCUGCCGAAUUCACAAACGGAAUGGCUAAACCUGCUUACACGUCAUCGGAAACAGUUGAGAUGGACAUCAACUCUGAAGAUGAGGACAGUUCCGAUAAAUGGCUCGUAAAGAAGGGCUCUAAAGAGUGGGAAUCAGUCAAAGAUUCGAUUGAAGUUCGCGCCAUUUGCUCCCCGCUGCAGGUUGUAUCAGCCUGCUUCGCCGCUUUCACACAUGGAGGCAACGAUGUCAGUAACGCCAUCGGACCCCUGAUCAGCAUCUGGACCAUCUUUACCACCGGUUCCGUGGACCAGGAGACCUUAACCCCUGUAUGGAUCCUUUUUUACGGUGGUGCAGGCAUCUCACUCGGUCUCUUCCUACUCGGCCGUCGCGUCAUCAAGACUAUCGGCGAAGACCUCACUCCAAUGACCCCGUCAAAUGGCUUCUGUGUCGAGCUCGGGUCAGCUUCCACGGUACUUCUAGCAUCAAACCUCGGUAUCCCUAUCUCAACUACCCAUUGUCAAGUUGGUUCCGUCUGUGGUGUUGGCUGGCUGAGGACGCGAAAGGCUGUUGAUUGGCCUCUGUUCUCAGGGAUCUUCUUUGCCUGGGUGGUGACCCUCCCUGCCACCAUGAUGCUUAGUUCUGGUUUGAUGGGGUUCCUGCAGCAUGCCGUUCCUGGAAGCUGUGAACUUAUUCCUAUCCCUGUCAUGAACACUACUACAACCGCCAUGGCAUCGACCCUUGGAUUGAUCUAAGUUUAUACACAUUAUCCUAAUGACUGUAGACUAUGGUCAGAAGGACCAAUCUGUCAAUGUUCGGAGGCUUCCUGGUGGAACGAUGGUUCUUCAUCUGCCAGGCUAGAUUCGAAACCAAUUUGUUGUCCUCAAGUCUCGUUUUACAAUAGGCCUACUGGAGGCUAUUCGUUCGCUAUCCUGCCACAAUUUCGUAGGUAUUUCACACUCUAUAAUCUGGCAAUUUCCGAUGAUGUAUUUCCUAUCCCUAUGAUAAUUAUAGACAUUGUCAAACUUACUAUUCUACUGUUAUGUGAUUACAAAUCAAAUUGCCAUUCGUAGCUUUAACUUGGGGUGUCGGAAAUAUGAAAGAUAUUGCACACUUUAGUAUAAGGUAAUUUUUUUAGUAUUUUAUAAAGUGAGAUUUUGCAAAGAUCAUGGCAUUGCUCUAAUGGUGUUUUUAGAACAGGAUUGUUUCCUUUUAUUGAAAAGUCCUCAAGGCUUAUAUUGCGCCUCAUGUCAAAAUUCUAUCGAAAUUUAUGUUUUAAAAUGAGUCUCUCUAAAUCAUAUGCAGUAAUGUAUAUUCACUUGUUUGAAAUACAUGCAUCAAUUAAAAUAAGUACUUUCUGAAGAAGAUACCCCAAUUGUCAUGAAAUGAUACGAUUUGCUAAAACUCUGAAAAUACCUUUAUUUAGAGCAAAUCAUGCGAAAAUGGACUUAGUUGAAUUAUACUAUGUAAGUAGUCAAUGAAGUUGACAAGGUACAAUUUCUUUAUUAGAUUCCAUCAUGCCCUUCAGUUUACUUCGUGUCAUAAUUGUCAUGGUAAAAACACCCUCUCUAAAGACUGUCUUAAACAAGUUCCGUCUAUUGGUUGUUUACUCAUAAUUAAUCCUACUUUCACAAGCAACCAGGUAAUAUAUAGACCUACACUGUAAAAACUAUUUCGACAUCGACUUUACACACACCAGACCAAAGCGAUACUACAGUACUACACCAAAUAUGUAUUUAAACAUCACCAGACUGUGAAAAUCGAUUUGAUUCUCCUUGCAGUGUUGUGUUAAAUCUACACCACUGUAUCUUUAGUGUUUAAUUAUGUAGUAGGUCCAUGGGUGUAAAUAGUUACCACUCGAGUAGGUAAUUUGAUAUAAGCUAUUGAGGAAAUACCUGAAACGACUGAGACUUCAAAGGUCCAUCACUUGCUCUACAGCGUUCAACAGUCCAUGUGAAUUUUUUUAGGUUUUUUCUUUAAGCACGAGGAUUACAGUUUGUAGUCGACUUCUUCAGUUUAUAACUAUCGUAUCUUGUAUUCUACAAUUCCUUCCAUAGACAGAAAUGGACAGGGUCUGUUAUUAUCUCAACUAAAAUGAUACUUCUUUUUUAUUCAAAACGGUAACAGAGAGAGAAAAAAGGAAAAUGAAGAACAAAAACAGCUGCGACCUAAUGGUUAGCAAAGCAAUUCUGAUUUUGAUCAAUAAAAUGUCAUAUAAAAACGCACACAAUUAUUAUAUUCCAGUUAUUAAUUUGGUCAAUUUGUCAUAUUAAACAGUCAUGACGAUCAUAGUGAUAUCUUUUUCAGCUGUACUGCCUGAGUUUAUGAAACGUAUUGGUCAACAUUUAAGUUUGGUCCAAUCUGCAAGAGAGUGUUGCAUUAUGAAGUGUGUGAGUCUUAAUGUUGUGUAUUUUUUAUGACAAUUGUAGGAUUUUUACAUUGGAUGGAGAAGAUCCACUGUAUAUUGUCCAAACGUAUCAUUGAGGAGGGGGUAGAGACAGAGAAAAUUAAAGAAUAGAAAAACGCUCCUUGAAAUGUGAAUCUAAUAAAGUAACAAAUAACUUUCUUAGUUCUUUGCAGAAGGGCAAAUUUUGGGGUUGACCCGAGAUCUGUCUUUUUUGUAAUGAUAGACCAUUAUUUUUCAUAUACAAAAUCAACUAAGUUCAUCAUUUAGAUGUAUUUCGAAGUGUUUGUAUAGGAAUUGUAUAUAUUUUGUAUAUUGAGUUAUAUAUAUUUAUGUAAGCCAAGCUAUAACGAUAUAUUUUAUAUGAAGUUACAUUGUUUGUGUAUGUAAAAUAAACAGCAAAAUAGUA